AUGUGGAGGAGAACAGUUGUUGGUGUCGGUGUUGGCUUCUUUCAACAAUUCUCGGGAAUCAACGCCUUCAUCUACUACGCACCCACUUUAUUCACCUCGCUCGGCCAAUCCACCCAACAGUCUCGCAUUCUUUCUGGUGUAUUCGACUGCCUUCAAUUUGUCGCUUCCAUUCUCUGCUUCCUAAUUAUCGACAAGGUCGGUCGGAGACCUUUAGCAAUUUGGGGCGCCUUUGGCUCAGCGAUUGCAUAUGGAAUUAUAGCAGUUCUAGCAGGCCUCUACGAGGAUGACUGGCUUAACAACACCGCCGCUGGCUGGGGCUGUGUCGCAAUGGCUUUCAUCUUCAUUAUGAUCUAUGGUGUUUCGUACUCUCCACUCGGCUGGGCGCUUCCAUCCGAGGUCUUUUCUACAUCCACGCGAUCCAAAGGAGUCGCCUUGUCCACUUGUAUAAUUUGGCUUUCUGACUUUAUUAUUGGUAUUGCUACGCCCAGCAUGCUUGAUAACAUCACCUAUGGUACCUAUAUCUUCUUUGCAGCCAUGUGUUUCCUGGCAGGAGUAUGGGCAUUCUUUUUCGUUCCUGAAACAAGCGGGAAGACCCUUGAGGAGCUGGAUGCAGUGUUUGGAGAUAGCAGGGGUCAAGAGGAGAGGGAUAUUGUUGCGGAGGCCAUUGGAUACCGACCUGAUCCUCCAAAGACCACCGUUUAG